AUGCAUCGACAAAAAUACAAGACACUUAACACCGAAAGUAGAGAAAAGAAUCGUAUUACUCGUGCUAAAGAAUAUACGGAAUCGCGUAAGGAUCAUAGAGCAAGAGCUUUUAAUGAUAAUCGGAAUUUGUCAAAUAGUGCAAUAAACACUCAGGAAGCACAGAUUGAUCCAGCAGUACAAGAUCGUCUUACUAGACUUACAAAAUGGAAAGCUGAACGUGAAAAACGUAAAAGGAUCGAACAACGUAAAAAGAAACAACCAUUUGUAGUUGGUGUUGUUCAUCAUAAAAUAUAUUCACCAGCAGCAACUAUAAAUAUGACAACAACUUCAAAUGUCUCAUCUAAGCCUAUUGUGAAAAAGAUAAGCAAGGCAACAGAGAAAAGACUGAUGUAUAAAGCAACUCAAAAGAAUUUAAGUGCAGAAAAUUCUAAUAAGAGUUCGGACAAAUUAAAUAAGAAUCAAGAAAAGAAGGAGCAAUCAUUUGCUCCAGAGGGUCACAUAUUUAAAGCUCCAGCAGGAUUGCCUAAUAUACCAUUAUUCGGUAGAUUAAACAUACGAAGUAUGUCACCUGACAGUGUACAACAAUUUUUACAUCCUCCCUUGAAAAUGACAAGAUCUAGGAGCAGUACUAUUAAAAACAAUAGUACAGAAUUCAUUAAAAAGGAAACUUAUUCACCAGUGACUGAGACAAAUGAUAAUUCUGUAGAAUCUACAUCAUUAAAAUUAUUUAAAGACUCAGAAACAACAAAUUCUAUUAAUACUAACAGUAGUAAUGAUAACGAAGUGAUGAUGAAGAAUAAAAUACAUAAUAGUACCAGAAAAACGAGCUCUUCUUCAGAUAAUAAUAAAUCUAUGUCUAUACAGUCAAAUUCUCCAUGUGAGCCAGCUUUCUUUUCACCUCACAUAGUUUCUAGUCGUGGAAAAAGUAAUGCUAGGAAAGAGCAACAGUUAAAGAAAGGUCUUAUUCGUGUUCAUUCCUUAAGUGAUGAUAUUCCCACGAAGGAGACAGUUAUGAAAAAUUUAAAUAUUUCAAUUGAAGAGGAAGAACACACUGCACAAUAUUUUCAUUUUCUUUUGAAUAAAGAAAUAAAUAGAUUAAAUGAAUUAUGUGAAAAAUGGAUGGAAAUCAAAAGGCAAUCCGACACUACAGAAGAUGGUCAAUAUGAAAUAAAUCAAGCUAUUGGACAAACAAAUUUGUUAAUAAACAAAAAGUUUGAAAGAUUCCGUGGAUUAGUUAAUGAUUGUGAAACAGGAAAGGGAAAAAUGUUAGUGACUUGUAAAGAUUUGCAAGGAUUUUGGGAUAUGAUGUACAUGGAAGUAGAAAAUUGUAACUUACGAUUUGAAAAAUUGGAAAAACUUCGUGUACAAGGCUGGAAAGAAGAGGAAUUGUUUAUUAAUAAACCAGUUACUAAAAAGAAAAUUUCUAAAAAAAAAGUUGUAUCAACUAAAUCAAGUUCUAUUAGAGCUUUCUUAGUAGAAAAGAAAAAGAAGAUGAAAAAUGAUGACGAUAUGAAAGAAUUUAAACCUAAUUUAAAUCACAGUGUAAACAAUAAAUGUGACAGAAAUGAAAGUUCUAACAUAAAACAAAACAAAAUAAAAUCCAGAUCUCUUAAUUGUAAUGAAAAUAAAUUUGUGAAAAAUAAUAGAUUAAGUUUAUUACAAAAGAUACAAUUGUCUGAUACAUCAAAGAAGACAAGAAGUCCAUUAACACUAAUAAAGAUAAGUCAAAUGUGUAAAACUCCUAAGAUUCAGCUAGAUAAUUCAAUAUCAUACAUUAACUCUAAUAAGACACCAGGAAAGAGCAUAUUGAAACAACAAAAAAAUUCAAAUGAAACAGAAUGUGUAAAAUCAGCAAAUAAAAUUAAUUUUAAUGAGCAUGUAAUUUUAAAUGAAGUAUCAACUGAUGAAGAAACACAGACAAAAGUAGAUUUAACUUUAUUAUCAAGAAUAGAUAAUUUUGACUUUGAUAGCACAGAUGAAGUAAAAAUUAAUGUGGAAAAAAAGCUGAACUUUGACGAUAGUAGUUGUAAGGAAAAUGAAGAUGAUACCAAAAAAUCUCUGGAAAAUAAAAAUUCAACGAAUGAAAAUAUUUGUAAAACAGUAUCUAUACAGAUACAAAAUUCUAAUAAAUCAUUAAGGAGGAUCACAAGACAAAAUGCAAUAGAUUCAAUGUUAGAUCAAACUUUGCCAUUAAAUACAAGUACUUCUGUAUCACUGAAAAAAGACACAAGUGACAUUGAUUUAAAUAUAUUGAAUGACAAAUUACAAAAACAGUCUAUAAGUAGUACUGAGGAAACAGAUGAACAAAAUGAAACUACCAGAAUUUUGAGGAAUAGAACUAUUAUUUCAACAGAUACACCCAGACUUAAGAGAAGAUCUUCUAGAAAAAUGUCUGUUAAUGUACAAGAAAUAGAACAUAAAGAAACCGAAACUCCUAUUGAUAAAAGAAAAAGGAGAAGUCGUUUUAAAUUGAAUACCAAUGAAAGAAAUGAUAUAGAGUUGCUGUGUCACAAUUGUGAUGAUAUAUCUUUAGACAAAAGCAAGAACAAGAGAAAAUCCACUAGAAGUGUGAAGUUUUCUGAAAAAGAAUACAGUGAUGGGACAAAUAAACCAACAUUACCUUUGACUCCGCAUGUUAAAAGUAAAAGUAGAAGUAGGAGUAAUAGUAUAUGCGUGGAAAUCCCUACUUUGGAAAUACAAGAAAAACGUAAUUAUUUUAUUCUAGUUUUUACCAAACUAAAAAUAUUUAAUUGUAUAUAAUAAAUAUUUAAAAUUUAAUUUCAGCUUUGCAGCGCAUCACCAGAAGAUCACAAAACAAGAAAUUAUUAUCUCCAAUUUAA